UUGGGAAGCUCCAUGACCGGACGGACGGGCGCGUGCGUGUUUACAUCCAAACGGUUGAUCACAGUCUUCCAGGCGGGGUUGAGGUCUGAUGCAUGCACGUAUCCGCACGCUAUAAACAGGAUCCCCCCCGCAUGUUUCCCCGCAUACCAUGCAGCGGAAAAGUAUCGGAUUUUAUACUGAGGAGAAAUACUGAAGCUACAGGACAAGAGGAGACUUUUACAUGCUCUGACACACAGUGAUCUGCGGCUGAACCAGAGGAUGGACAAAGAAACAGUCUUUGCACCCCCCUGUGGUGUGGAGGUAUGAGGGCCCCUGGAUGAAGGCCAUGGAGCUGAAAGUGUGGGUGGAUGGAGUGCAGCGCAUCGUGUGCGGGGUCACGGAGUUCACCACAUGCCAGGAAGUGGUCAUUGCCCUGGCACAAGCCAUUGGGCGCACCGGCAGAUACACUUUGAUUGAGAAAUGGCGGGACACAGAGCGUCACUUGGCUCCUAAUGAGAACCCAGUGGUAUCCCUCAACAAGUGGGGUCAGUAUGCCAGCGAUGUUCAGCUCAUCCUCCAACGGACUGGCCCGUCUGUUAGUGAGCGGCCCACCUCUGACGGGCAGUCUCGCAUCCCGGAGCGUGGCUUCUACCGACAAAGCCUUCCGCCGCUGGCAAAGCUUCGCCCAUCAGCGGCAGACCGCUCGCUCAAACGAAGGGAACCCAAACGCAAGUCUCUGACCUUCACUGGUGGAGCCAAGGGUCUGCGGGACAUCUUUGGGAAAAGCAGAGACAGUGAAGCCAAACAGACCCAGCAGCGUGGCGUGAGUCUGAACCUGAGCAGAGUUGGAGGUGGUGGAGUAGCAUCUGUACCUGGGAGUCCAGCCAGAGAGCUGAGCCGGCUGGUGCAGCUGCAGAGAGACAAGCUCCAGGCCCUGGAGAGCCGUCUGCUGGGCUGUGAGGCCGAGCUGCGAGACUGGGAGGAGGCAGCCAGUGAGCCAAAUGAAGAAGUAAACCUGGAGGAGGAGCUGCUGCUUUUAGAGCAGCAGGUGAGGAGAAAUGAUACCGAGAUGGAAGAGGAGGAAUUCUGGCAGAACGAGCUGCAGAUCGAGCAUGAGAGCGAGCGGCAACUCCGGCAACAGCUAGCCGAGCUGCAGGGCCGAGUACGCGACUCCGAGACAAAGCUUUCAGAGUACCUAGCUCGCAUACAGGGCAUGGACGCAGGCCUGGAGCAGGAGAGGCUGCAGCAGGAGGCCAAGCUCAGCCAGAAGGUCAAUGAGGAGGAGGUGCAGGCCCAGUUAGAGAAAGUGAGGGCAGAGCUGGAAAUGCAAAGCCAACACACAGCACGGCUGGAGAGCAGCUGCAGGGCGUUGGAACGCUCACUUGGCCAGUCGAGCAAGAGAUUACAGGAGAAGGAGCAGGAGCUGGAGCAGCUGACAAAAGAGCUACGACAGGUCAACCUGCAGCAGUUCAUUCAGCAGACUGGUACCAAGGUCACCGUGCUUCCUGCUCAGACUACAGGAGAAUACAGCAACGAAGUGGAUUCUGGCUCCCUGAAAAGACUUGGCUCAUCACGUCUCUUACCCAGCAACCUCCGCACUCUUCAAAACAGUGUCUCUUCCAGCCUGAACCCUGAAGGCAUCUACGUUUGACCCAGAACUGUCCACAAGAUGCUUCCUGGAGACGUUAUUUGGGCUCCAGGGUGGGCUAAUGUUCCCAGGACUUUACCUACAACAGAAUGGUCGAAAUAAAAUGAACCCUGCUCCGGGGAUGCCUCAAGGCAUGGAGGAUGUUGGCAAAAGCAUUACUGGAGGAUCCAUGGGGCAUAACGAAAGACAAACCUACAUCUGUUCAUCUUUCCUGUACUGCCUUCUCUUUCAUCUUCCUUAGACUGAAACUGAUGUCAAUGUCCAUUUGCAAAUCUUGUGUUAAGAUUCCUCCUAAAUCAGUCUUCAAAAGCUUAAUUUUCUAUGAGUUUAGAAAACUACCCGCCAGCAGAUGUUUUAGUUGUUUUCUGACUGAGGAGGCAAACAGUGCAAACAUAUUAUUUGUAUGCUGUAAAAGACAAACAGUAGAGAAUAUAUCAGGAUAUAAAGUUUGGACACAUACGCAUACACAAACUAAUGCAUGCACGAGCAUGCACAAAAACCACACCUGUGCUAUGAGCAUAGCCAUAUCAGAUUGCCUUACUCUGGUGUUUUAAAACCAGACAAUAUAAGUCUAAUGUUGCAACAGAACUCAUGGUAGCUACUGAACACUAUGCGCCACAUACAUUUACUAUUUAAAAAAAAAAAGGCUCAGCACCAGUAAAUGUGAUUCCUGAUGUCAGUAAAACAUAACAUUGGCUUGAUAUUUUUUUAUACAUUCAUUUUUUUUGCAUUGAUUUGAAGAGGAAACAAAUUUGCCUCAUAUUUCCUGUGGAAAACCCAUCAUUUUAGAUAAAUUAUGUAAAGGAAAUGGAGAACAAACCACAUUUCAUAGAUUCAUUGAGUAACAAAAACUGACUUUGACUUUGACUUUUUUGGUGAAGAAGUUUGGCUCAAGGUUCAGUUUUAUGCCAUAUUGGUUUACAAGAGCCAUUAAUGUCCUCUUUGUUUCAGUGCAACGCUUGUGUGAAUGUGAAUGCAGCAAAGCGUGAUGACAAAGAAUUAUAUCAUACCCAGGUUGGCCACUGGGUGGGGACAAAACCUAUAUUAUUCAGACAGGUGAAAGUUACUCCUUACAUCUGUCUUUAUUCAUUUUCAUGUGUCAUGUACCGUAUGUAUGACUUUGCAUAUCAUUUUUGUAGCAAAGCCUCAGCACUUUAGCUUUCAGUGAAUCAUCUGAGGUGCCACUUACAUUGUACAUUUGACAUAUUUCAUUGUGUUCAUCAAGCAGGGAUGCCCAUACUUAAAGAAUACAUAAUGUAUUCUUUUGUUUCCUCAUGAUAUAACAAAAGAUGUCUCAUAUAUGAACCAAAGCUAGUGUGACAAACAUUAUUAGUUAGAUAAGUGUACUUUUUUUUUUUUACACAGUAUGUAUGCAACUUAUGCCCAUGCAAAGUAUCCACUAGAGUAUAAUGACAGGUGCAUACAGUAUAUUUUUCAUGGUUUAUUGUUUUUAGGUGCCAGAUAGUUGAGACCUGUCACACAGCAUUACCCAGAAAGUUUCAGAGGACAGAAAAGUAUUUAAAACUCUACACAGAAGUAGCUGAGAGUAAAAUUCAGACCCCUUCUUUCAUAAUUUAACAGAGGUCUGGUUCCUACUGUACAUACCCACGUCUAACUGAAGAUGAUAUUCUCCCCUGAGUUUCUGGAUUGGAUUGAAACAAACUGCAUAAGCAGCAGCUUAUAUUUUUGCUGUGAAUGUAUGAUAAAGGAAAUCCCUUCCUCCAGUGUGAGGGAUCAUUGUUUGCUCUGCAGUGCACAGGUAACCGGAGGAAUUUACACCUUGGAAAACUAUUCUCAGAAACUGCUCUGUAACAGAAGUUCGUCUUUUUUCCUCUCCCCCUCAGUAUGCAGUAUUAUUGUCAUGGCAACGACUUCAGCUGUGACGGGGAGACUGUAACCCACUAAUAAAAGCUCUCGUUGACUGAAAGUUUUGAAUAAUGGCAUGCCUUACUGAAAAAAAAAAACAACCUGUGAAUAAUGUCUACAUAUCACAGCAGUCUAUGAACUAUUUAAAAAAGGCUGAAGUCUGAAAUAUGCAGAGUGCUGAAGAGGUUAGACUUUAAUACUGCCGUUCAAAAGGCAGCUCUGUGUGCAUGCAAUAAUGUGUGAUUGGUUUUGUUUUGACCCCAAUUGGUGGCAAUUCAUUUUGUUUUAGGUUUGUUUUGGUCCUUUUUGCCUUGUUGAUGAUGAUGUUCAAAGUUAGAGAUUUGGUGAAAAGCAAACAGGCAGUCAAAAAUGGCAAAUAUUAUCUUCCAUUUUUUUUUCUUCUUGUAAAACCAAUAUUUGUGGAUGUGAAAAAUAUCCAUAUUGCAUUGAAAGUUUACAAUAAGUUUACCAGGAUUGCCAGUUGUUUUUCCCCUUUUCUUGUAGACAUUGUCAACAAUUGUUUUUUCUGUGCCAUCAAUGAAGCUUUUCAAAUAAAAGUGCAUAUACAAAUGACAUGAUGGAGCCAUUAUGGAAACAGCCAUCAAGUGGUUUUGAAAGCUAUUUUAGAAACGCUGCAGCUCAGGGAUAUUUCAAGAUACAGAAUUACCUACGAAAAAGAAUAAGCAGAAAGUAAUUAUAGAUAAAUGCUGUUCAUGAAGUCUGGAGUCAAUUUGACAGGUCAAAAAAGCAUAUUUGCUCUCACACAGCUGUUUGACAAGUUUAAUACGCAGCGUUGGCUCAUAGACAAAAUAUGGCAAAUGUAACUGAAGCAUUGAUUUGGUUCAGAGAGAGAGAGAUGUAGCUUUGUUUGAAAGUCUUAAAUGUUUAUGUUGGUUCAUGAUUCAUGUUGAAGCUUGUUCAAGUUUGUGCCUUACAUGUAUGGCCAUCACAUUCAAGUCAGAGCACUAAGCUUAUUUUCAGAAA